UUACUCUCCUGAGAUGGUUAUGGAGGGGCUCACCACCAUAACGCUUAGUAACGCCAAUGGCAUGCAGAGUGGAAAGGUGGACGUAUGUUGUUUUGCGAUAGCUCAGCAUAUAUAACCUGGCCGGCACUCCAGCUCGAUAUCACAACUUCUCGCCAUGCAGCAUCAUCAUUCAAUAUCAACGUUUCAGCAUCAUACCCUAUAGACUUCGUUCUUCACUAUUACUACCCAGCAUUCUUAUUCAACUGUUUGAUAUAUAAUUCACUAUAGCAAGAAUACCCCCAGACCAAGACAAAUAUGUCUACCGUCAACGGUACUAAGGUCAAUGCCUUAAGCAUCCCUAACAAGGCGGCUAAGGGUGUCCCAUUCUUCACACCGGCCCAAGAGCCUCCUGCGGGAACCGCUCUGGAUCCUCAGCCCGAUGGAAGUGCCAUCCCGAAGCUCUUCACUCCCCUCAAGAUCCGCGGCCUUACUCUUCAGAACCGUAUUAUGCUUUCUCCGCUAUGCCAGUACUCGGCUGAAAAUGGCUUCCACACACCCUGGCACCUAACUCACCUUGGCGGUAUCAUCCAGCGCGGGCCGGGCUUAACCAUGAUCGAAGCCACCGCCGUCCAGGCUCGCGGACGUAUUACCCCUAAUGACUCUGGACUCUGGCUCGACGACCACAUGGAGGGCAUCAAGCGCACGGUUGACUUCGCGCACUCCCAAGGUCAGCACAUCGCCAUCCAGCUCGCCCACGCCGGCCGUAAGGCCUCUGCCCUCGCGCCGUGGUUGCACAGGGGCGCUACGGCUGCCGCCGAUGUAGGCGGCUGGCCCGAUGAUGUGGUUGCGCCGAGCGCUAUCCCUUUUGAUGAGAACCACGUGGUUCCCAGGGCGCUGACGCUGGAGGAGAUCGCGCAGCUCAAGGUCGAUUUCGUGGCGGCUGCCAAGCGCGCUAUCGCGAUCGGAUUUGAUGUGCUGGAGAUACAUUCCGCUCACGGAUAUCUCCUUCACGAGUUCCUGUCGCCUGUUACGAAUCACCGCACGGACAAGUACGGUGGUAGCUUCGAGAACCGCGCUCGACUACUUCUUGAGCUGGCGGAUGAGUUCCGUGCUGUUAUGCCGGCUGACAUGCCCCUAUUCGUACGUAUAAGCGCCACCGAUUGGCUUGAGGGUGUUGAGGGUUACACUGGCGACAGCUGGAAAUUGGAGGACGCGGUGCGCCUGUCCGUGCUGCUCGCCCAGCAUGGUGUCGAUGUUAUCGACGUCUCUAGCGCCGGAAACCAUCCCCUUCAGAAGAUCACCACAGGCCCCGGUUAUCAGGCGCCGUUCGCCAAGGCCAUCAAGCGAGCUGUUGGCGACAACGCAUACGUGGUUACUGUCGGUACUAUCAUGAGCGGACAGCAAGCUAAUGAUCUGCUUGUGGGCGGCAAGGACGCCGAUGACACUCCGGUGGAUAUCGCGGGCGUUGGACGCAUGUUCCAGAAGAACCCCGGUCUUGUCUGGGCUUGGGCUGAAGAGCUCGGCGUAGCAACCUAUGUUGCAAGCCAGAUCGGAUGGGGCUUCGGAGGCAGGGCCACUAAGCAGCGUAAGGCUCAACCGACGAAGGAACAGUGCCUCGGUCCUGUUCCGUGAUGAGGAGAAGGAAAGGAUUGGAUACUAUGUCGAUUAUCUUUGCCCUAUGCAUUUAC